CCUCCCUUGAAGCCGGCGGAAAAAGCGGACGCGCAGAUGUUUUAAAAAAGAAAGGCUACAUUUUUCAAAUGCCAUCGGUGAAAGCAUGCAGCGCGCUGUGACACAGAGGCACAGAUAGUGUUCUCUUCAACGGCUUGUUGACAUUCUGUUGUGCAGACUAGUUGGUAGCCGGCGAGAGGGCAAGAGAGAAAGUGAAUAUCACGUAACUUAAGAGUUUCGAACCUCUUUGAUCCAGGAGAGAAUCCAUGUUUUGGGCAAUGUGCCGUUGAACACCAAAACGGAAAAGCAAACGAAAAAUAAAAAGGCGGCCCUGGCGAAAUCUUGUCGAGGUGACGAGUAGAAAGGUAAGGCCACGACUGGUGGCUGGCUGGUUAACCUUUUGCUUACUGUUUGAGAGAGGACGACUAUUUGUGGCAGGUUGACUAGGUGGUGAGGGGUAGAGCCAGCAAUAGUGGCCGGUUGACUACACUUUGCUAGUGCUAGAGGCAAGGCUCGUUCACGAGUAUUAAUGAUUGGGCUAUAACUAAUGGCUAGUUGCUUUGUGUUGGGGGAUGAUUAGAGUUUGGUUGGUUGUGUUAGUGAUAGGACAGUAACUAGUGGCUGGCUAUUUGCUUAGUAUUGCGGUAGACGAGUUUAGUUGGUUACUGCCCAAACCUCUGUUCAUCCCCCCUUGCUACAAUGCAAGGGCUUCCUAUCUGGUGUUCACAGCUUCAGAUCAUCUGACGGUGCAGGUAACAACCACUGACAUUGUGCAAAUGGGGAAUUCACCAUCGGACGGCAGGAACGGCCAGUCGAGGACUCUCACCAUCACUGACUAUGAUACAACCUGGGAAAGCGAGUCCGAGACUGAGUCCCAACCAGGGGAUGAGAAGAGCGGGGUGAGAGGUGAAGGAGAUUCGGCGGGGACCAGGCUGGCAAGAGCGGUGGCUGAUGACAAUACUGCCACUAAUGCUUCCCCUGCUGCUACUUUCGCUGUUUCCGUCCUCUCCACACGACCCAAACGAAGCCUCUACGCUGCCCGCGACAUGCAUCAGUACAGACACGGCUACCCGAACAAGAAAGAGCACAGGAGUGACAUGCCAAACCUGAAGUUCUACCAGAAUCGGAUCUGCUUCGAACCAAACGGUGUGUUAAUAGAGGAUGUCCUCAAGUGGAAGGGAAACUAUUCCAUCCUGGAUCAGAACCACAGCUACAUUCAAUGGCUGUUUCCGCUACGUGAAAUGGGUCUGAACUGGUACGCUAUGGAACUGACUUUGCCAGAGAUCAAGAAGAUGCGCGAGUCGCCCACGGUGCAGAGUCGGCUGGUGCGCGCGUACGAGAUGAUGCUGGACACGUACGGGCUGCGUCUCGACGACCGCGAGCGCGGCACCAUUCGCCGCGCCGAUCACUUCCACCAGCGUCUGCGUGACGUCUUCAAGGACGAGACGUCGCAACACCACAACAUGCGGCUCACACGGGUGCUCAAGAGCCUCGGCGAGCUGGGCUUGGAGCACUACAAGGCGCCGCUGGUGCGAGCGCUGCUGCGCGUUGCACUGUCGUCCGCGUGCCCGCAGGCCGCCGCCACCCACAUGCGACGCAGCGCCCUCGACUACUUUGUGUUCACCGUGCGAGACCGAGGAGAGCGCCGACGCCUGCUGCUCUAUGCACGGGCCAAGUACAGGCCGGAAGAUGAGUUCGUGUGGGGACCACCGGUAGGGAGACUGACUCGCUACGCUCACCUCGUCACACCGGAUUCUGACGAGUCCGACCGAGAAGUUGAAUCUCAUGAGGAAAAUGAACCUGCGAGGGACUGCCAGGGAGAGGAGCUCUUAGAAACAAUAUGUGAUGCAAGCAGAGAGGACGUCCAUCAGAGUGCUCCACAGUCUGACGCUGGCUAUGAUGACAUAGGCUAGUGAUACAUGAAUCUUCAGAAACCAGUUUGAGAACUGGUUGUCAUCGAUUACUUGAUGCACUGUUACAUACCUAUUCAACAAAACGAAUGCAGUAGAUGACAAUCGCCAGCCAGUAUGUAAAAAGGUGGCCUGUGUGCAGUGUGGGAUGCUUUCCAGCGCCUGUCUAUGAUGGGGGUCUCUUGACAAUGAUGGACGAACAAAACUACCAGGUGGAUGGUGCGAACAGGGUGCUUGCGUGCACGCGCAAAUGCCUUACAGUUCGAGUGAUACCGCGGCAGCACUGGGGUCAGACUGGCC